GCAGUGUGACAUCUGCUCUCGAUGCUUUGCGAGGUCAGAGCACCUUGCCAGGCAUCGCCGCACUCAUACAAAGGAGACACCAUUCACUUGCCCACAUUGUCGAAGGUCUUUUCAACGGUCUGAUGUGAAAGCCAGCCAUGUCAAAAAGUGUCCCGCGGCACCUUCGGACUAUGAUAUGGGGGAUUCAGGCAAAGAUGGUUCAGCACGUAAACGUGUCCGUAUUGCUUGCAAUGGCUGUCGCAAGCGGAAAAUGCGCUGUGACGGGAACGAACCAUGCGCUCCGUGUCAGUCAACCGCAUCUAUCUGCCAUUAUAAGGCGAUAACGACCUCCUCCAGGGCACCCAGUCAAUCAUCAAACACCGACGGUUCUACUAGAGCCUAUCCAGAACAGAUAGUCGACGCAUUUGACAGCCGCUUGGCGGGUGAUGAACCACCGGACUCGUCCCCAAUGAGGAUUUCGCAGUCAAACCUGAGCAAUGGUACUGCUCUGAACGACAGCAUGGAACUGGAGACAGCAAUCGGUGUCAGCAUAGAAUCUGUACAAAACGCCGAUUCAGGUGCGCUUUCACUACCGUUUCAAGGAGGUCCGGCCAUUCCUACCUUUGACAGCGUGAAUAUCGAGGUUCCAGAAAUGUCCAUUCAUCAUGAAAGCCUUCUUUACCCAUUCCCGGAUCCGACCGGGGUCAAUGAGUUCUGGCAAAUGCCCUCAGUGAAUUCCCAAUUCUGGUUCGACGGAUCGGACUUCACAUGGAAUGAAGGCUUCUUUGACUCAAGUUCGCCCCUUUUGGACCAUGCACUACCAUCGUCGAUGCAAAGCUUGACCGCCGUGAUGCAAGAGUACUUCGACCGCAAAUCGAGAGCACCUUCGCCGGCAUUCAACAAAGCAAGAAAGAUGUGGUACUCGGCUCCGCCAAAUCUAAAUGACCACAACAAGGACAUUGUUAAAGUGUUCCUCAAAAUUUUCAAAAAGCACAUACCCGAGACCUUUUCUCUCUUCAAAGACGCCGCCGUCAAUUGGAAGGGCCGCGCCGAGUACACCCUUGCAAUGGCAGCCACCGGAGGCUUGUUUUGCACAGUUCCUGGUAGUGCCGAAGUUGCUAAGUCAAUGUACAACGAUGCCCGAAGGCUGUUGCUUGCAUCUUUCAAUAUGAAGAAUGUCCUUGAUGAGCUUUCCUCAACCCUAGAGGACAAACUCGUCACAGUGAAAACGUUUAUCCUUCUCGAAUUAUACGGCCUCUGUAGCGGUGACAAAAGGAGCUACGAGUUUGUGGAAGCCUUUCAUGGAAACCUGAUACACUCCGUACAGGAGUAUAGUCAAGCUAGUAGAACAUCUGAGAUGAACGACAAGAGGGACGACGAUGGCGCCCGACUUCUGGAAACUUUAUACAUACUCGAAUGUUACCGGGUCAUAAUUAUGCAAUGCCCUCCAUCCUUACCAUGGCACCAUCCUAACUCCUUUGCCGAGUCUCCUCCUCAUGGGAGUCAAAUACACCAGUUGCAGCACUCGAUUGCCGCGCUUGUUCGCGGUAGUCACGCAAGCGAGCCUGAAAUAUGCGAAAGAUUUGGCCUUGCAAGGCUGUCAUACUUGUUUACUUUCCUGUGGCAUGCAAAAUAUCCCCGCCAGAACAGUUAUGGCGUCGAUAACGUCGUUAUUGAAAGUCUUACUCUGGGCAAAAGCGACUUUGUGGAACUAGCUUGUGAUUCCUGGUUGCGCUCACUCGAUGAGGUCCCAGACCCCUCGCUCGUUGUUGUCUAUCACAUGCUGAACAUUUUGCUUCACACGAAUCUCGCUAUUUUACAGAGCUUCGCCCACUCUGCACCUAAUUCCACAGCACGGGAUCCAAAGAAGAGCUUGGCUGCGCGAGAAAUCUAUGGAUGGACACAGAGCAGGCAUUACGAGAUCGCACAAUGGCAUGCUGAAAAUAUGCUCUCCUCGAUCGAAGGAGCAUUCGUGACUUCAUUGAACAAGGCCGAGGCAGCAAACUCGCAACAGCCUUCGUCACGUUCAGCAUUCUCGACCACAGAACCACGGCGGUUACCAUUCGAAGCACCCCAUGUUCCAUAUGCGGUGUACUAUGCGACACUUGUACUUUGGACCGGCGCGGCAACUGAAGAGACUCCCGGGCUAUCUUCUGUAUCGGCUCAAGCUUUGAUUGCUCGCGGUGAACGGAUUUUGUUCUUGCACAAAGUGCACAUUGCACAGCUACUGGCUCGUGUCUUGAAUGAGAUUAAAUAAGGCUCGAGCAUCGCAGAAAGCAAUGGCUUCUUUGAUCCUUUAUUUCAAAGCGCUGAUUGUACACCGGAAGCUGUUUCGGACAACAGUCACAGACCUCUUCCAAGGUCCGAAGUAUUGUGCGGAUGACUUUUUUUCGGGGCUAUGCAACCACC